AAAUCCAUUUCAUUACCACCUCCAUCAAUCACUCUUUUUCUCUCUCCUCUUUCGAUUUAGGGUUUUCUUUUUCUCUCUCCUUCUCCUUCAAUGGCUGCAACAACAGUGAAGAAGAUCACUUUGAAAUCCUCCGAUGGCGAGAAUUUCGAUGUCGAAGAAAGCGUUGCUCUUGAAUCUCAAACCAUUAAACACAUGAUCGAAGAUGAUUGCGCCGACAACGCGAUUCCUCUCCCUAAUGUUACUGGAAAGAUCCUCUCGAAGGUUAUUGAGUACUGUAAGAAACAUGUUGAAUCUGCUGCUGCUAAAUCUUCUACUGAAGAUCGUUCUUCUUCUAACUCUACUGCUGAUGAAGAACUCAAAAGUUGGGAUGCUGAGUUUGUUAAAGUUGACCAGAAUACUCUCUUUGAUCUUAUCUUGGCGGCUAACUACCUGAACAUCAAGAGUCUGCUGGACUUGACCUGCCAAACUGUGGCUGACAUGAUCAAAGGCAAGACACCAGAGGAGAUUAGGAAGACCUUCAACAUCAAGAACGACUUCACCCCGGAAGAGGAAGAGGAAGUUAGGAGGGAAAACCAAUGGGCCUUUGAGUAAAUCUGUGCUGGAAGGGAUUGUGCAACUUCUCUACAAUGUCUAUAGGAAUAGGGAGUUUGUUGAUAUUAAGAGUUGUUCUUUUGUCUUGGUUCGCUACUAGUAAACUAAUUGAGAAUCUGUCCAUUCAGCGUUGUAGUACUUGUUUUUCUGUGCUCAUACAUCGAAAGUAAAGCUUAACUUUGCUCCUUCUGCUACUAUGCUUUCGUGAUUCUGAGAAUGUAAGUGUUUUUAGUGUAUGCACUAUGCACAAUUUCGUAAGGUAUGAAAGAUUACCUGCUGGUAUGGACAUCAUGUAUUGACUCU